CCCGCCUGGAAACCGUGCCGGAUGGGUGGUGAUUUUCGUAGCCAAGAGCCGCCACCCCUGACCAUGUAGAUGCAAGCUCCAGGGAGCAGCAUGGGCCCCGCUGAAUGGAGACUCCUGGGUCUACAGCCCUGAGCCCUUCUGGCCCCUGGACCUCGCCCCGCACCUGGGGACAGCCCCUGGAGUUCACCACCCCUGUCACCAGCCUGCCUCGGCCGCCCCCUCCCCCUGGGACCCAGAGUCGGCCGCCAGGAGCCACAGCCAUCCAGUGAGGUUGUGCUGAGGACAGCCACCCGGAGCCGUCGCCCCGCAGCCUCUCGUCCAGCGCUGACCCUCGGGCCCACCCCGAGCAGGGACUGCGGCAAACAUGGGUGACAUGACCAACAGCGACUUUUACUCCAAAAACCAAAGAAAUGAGUCAAGCCAUGGGGGCGAGUUUGGGUGCACGAUGGAGGAGCUGCGCUCCCUCAUGGAGCUGCGGGGCACCGAGGCCGUGGUCAAGAUCAAGGAGACUUAUGGGGACACCGAAGCCAUCUGCCGGCGCCUCAGAACCUCACCUGUGGAAGGUUUGCCGGGCACCGCUCCAGACCUGGAAAAGAGAAAACAGAUUUUUGGGCAAAACUUUAUACCUCCAAAGAAGCCAAAAACCUUCCUGCAGCUGGUGUGGGAAGCGCUGCAGGACGUGACGCUGAUCAUCCUGGAGAUCGCGGCCAUCAUCUCCCUGGGGCUCUCCUUCUACCACCCGCCCGGCGAGAGCAACGAAGGGUGCGCGACCGCCCAGGGAGGGGCGGAGGAUGAAGGCGAGGCGGAGGCCGGCUGGAUAGAGGGGGCCGCCAUCCUCCUGUCCGUCAUCUGCGUGGUCCUGGUCACGGCCUUCAAUGACUGGAGCAAAGAGAAGCAGUUCCGGGGCCUGCAGAGCCGCAUCGAGCAGGAGCAGAAGUUCACUGUGGUCCGGGCCGGGCAGGUGGUCCAGAUCCCUGUGGCCGAGAUUGUGGUUGGAGACAUCGCCCAGGUCAAAUAUGGCGACCUCCUUCCUGCCGACGGCCUCCUCCUCCAGGGCAACGACCUCAAGAUCGACGAGAGCUCCCUGACGGGCGAGUCCGACCAGGUGCGCAAGUCCCCGGACAAGGACCCCGCGCUGCUCUCAGGAACCCAUGUGAUGGAGGGCUCUGGACGGAUGGUGGUGACUGCUGUGGGUGUGAACUCUCAGACUGGCAUCAUCUUCACCCUGCUGGGGGCUGGCGGCGAGGAAGAAGAGAAGAAAGACAAGAAAGGUGUGAAGAAGGGGGAUGGCCUUCAGCUACCAGCGGCCGAUGGCGCGGCAGGUUCAAAUGCUGCAGAUAGUGCAAAUACCAGCCUAGUCAAUGGUAAAAUGCAGGAUGGCAAUGUGGACGGCAGCCAGAGCAAAGCCAAACAGCAGGACGGGGCUGCUGCCAUGGAGAUGCAGCCCCUCAAGAGUGCCGAGGGCGGCGACGCCGACGACAAGAAGAAGGCCAACAUGCACAAGAAGGAGAAGUCGGUGCUGCAGGGCAAGCUCACCAAGCUGGCGGUGCAGAUCGGCAAGGCGGGCCUGGUGAUGUCGGCCAUCACAGUGAUCAUCCUGGUGCUCUACUUCACUGUGGACACCUUCGUGGUCAACAAGAAGCCAUGGCUACCCGAGUGCACACCUGUCUACGUGCAGUACUUUGUCAAGUUCUUCAUCAUCGGCGUCACGGUGCUGGUGGUUGCCGUGCCCGAGGGACUCCCUCUGGCCGUCACCAUCUCGCUGGCCUACUCAGUGAAGAAAAUGAUGAAGGACAACAACCUGGUACGCCACCUGGACGCCUGUGAGACCAUGGGCAACGCCACAGCCAUCUGCUCGGACAAGACAGGCACGCUGACCACCAAUCGCAUGACAGUGGUGCAGGCCUACGUCGGCGACGUCCACUACAAGGAGAUCCCUGACCCCAGCUCCAUCAACGCCAAGACCAUGGAGCUUCUGGUCAACGCCAUCGCCAUCAACAGCGCCUACACCACCAAGAUUCUGCCCCCGGAGAAGGAGGGCGCCCUGCCUCGGCAAGUGGGCAAUAAGACGGAGUGCGGCCUGCUGGGCUUCGUGCUGGACCUGAAGCAGGACUACGAGCCCGUGCGCAGCCAGGUGCCGGAGGAGAAGCUGUACAGAGUGUACACCUUCAACUCCGUGCGCAAGUCCAUGAGCACGGUCAUCAGGCUGCCUGACGAGAGCUUCCGCAUGUACAGCAAGGGCGCCUCCGAGAUCGUGCUCAAGAAGUGCUGCAAAAUCCUCAGCGGGGCAGGCGAGCCCCGGGUCUUCCGGCCCCGAGACCGGGACGAGAUGGUGAAGAAGGUGAUCGAGCCUAUGGCCUGCGACGGGCUCCGCACCAUCUGCGUGGCCUACCGCGACUUCCCCAGCAGCCCCGAGCCCGACUGGGACAACGAGAAUGACAUCCUCAACGACCUCACCUGCAUCUGCGUGGUGGGCAUCGAGGACCCCGUGCGGCCCGAGGUCCCAGAAGCCAUCCGCAAGUGCCAGCGGGCAGGCAUCACCGUCCGCAUGGUCACUGGUGACAAUAUCAACACGGCCCGGGCCAUUGCUAUCAAGUGUGGCAUCAUCCAUCCUGGGGAGGACUUCCUGUGCCUUGAGGGCAAAGAGUUCAACCGGAGGAUCCGCAACGAGAAGGGGGAGAUUGAGCAGGAGCGAAUCGACAAGAUCUGGCCAAAGCUGCGGGUGCUAGCCCGCUCCUCCCCCACGGACAAGCACACCCUGGUCAAAGGCAUCAUCGACAGCACGCACACCGAGCAGCGGCAGGUGGUGGCCGUGACGGGGGACGGCACCAACGACGGGCCUGCACUCAAGAAGGCCGACGUGGGCUUCGCCAUGGGCAUCGCGGGCACAGACGUGGCCAAGGAGGCCUCGGACAUCAUCCUGACGGAUGACAACUUCAGCAGCAUCGUCAAGGCGGUGAUGUGGGGCCGCAACGUCUAUGACAGCAUCUCCAAGUUCCUGCAGUUCCAGCUGACGGUCAACGUGGUGGCUGUGAUCGUGGCCUUCACGGGUGCCUGCAUCACGCAGGACUCCCCUCUGAAGGCUGUGCAGAUGCUCUGGGUGAACCUCAUCAUGGACACAUUUGCCUCACUGGCGCUGGCCACUGAGCCGCCCACCGAGACCCUGCUUCUGAGGAAGCCUUACGGCCGCAACAAGCCCCUCAUCUCUCGGACCAUGAUGAAGAACAUCCUGGGCCAUGCCGUCUACCAGCUCACCCUCAUCUUCACCCUGCUCUUUGUUGGUGAGAAGAUGUUCCAGAUCGACAGCGGGAGGAACGCGCCGCUGCACUCGCCGCCCUCGGAGCACUACACUAUCAUCUUCAACACCUUCGUCAUGAUGCAGCUCUUCAACGAGAUCAACGCUCGCAAGAUCCACGGUGAGCGCAACGUCUUUGAUGGCAUCUUCCGGAACCCCAUCUUCUGCACCAUCGUCCUGGGCACCUUUGCCAUCCAGAUAGUGAUCGUGCAGUUUGGGGGGAAGCCGUUCAGCUGCUCUCCGCUGCAGCUGGACCAGUGGAUGUGGUGCAUCUUCAUCGGGUUAGGCGAGCUUGUCUGGGGCCAGGUCAUCGCCACCAUCCCGACCAGCAGGCUCAAGUUCCUCAAGGAGGCGGGCAGGCUCACGCAGAAGGAGGAGAUCCCGGAGGAGGAGCUCAAUGAGGACGUGGAGGAGAUAGACCACGCCGAGCGAGAGCUGCGGCGGGGCCAGAUUCUGUGGUUCCGAGGCCUGAAUCGGAUCCAAACCCAGAUCCGCGUCGUGAAGGCGUUCCGUAGCUCUCUCUAUGAAGGUCUAGAAAAGCCUGAGUCUCGAACCUCCAUCCAUAAUUUCAUGGCUCAUCCUGAGUUCCGGAUCGAAGAUUCACAGCCCCACAUCCCCCUCAUUGACGACACCGACCUGGAAGAAGAUGCUGCGCUCAAGCAGAACUCGAGCCCGCCCUCGUCGCUCAACAAGAACAACAGCGCCAUCGACAGCGGGAUCAACCUGACGACUGACACAAGCAAAUCAGCUACCUCUUCAAGUCCAGGGAGCCCCAUCCACAGCCUGGAGACGUCGCUUUAGCUGAGGACCCCGCCGCCACCCCCCUCCCGGGCACCCACCCAUCCAGGCACCCAACUCACCAAGCAGCAACGAGCAACAACAGGAAACCAAAUACUGGCAAGAAAACCAACGUUUCCACCCAACAGACCCUUUUUCUGGCUGCGAUGCUGUUUGAACUCUUUUUCACUUUGAGGCAAGGGGCAGGAUCUCCUCCCGGGGCUUAAGGAAGUGAGCGAUUUUUCCCAGAACACGCCCUUCCUGGCUCCCGCCCAAACGUGGACCAGCCAUGCACCUGCCCGGCUGCCACGUCCCCUGCAUGAAUGUACUGCACACUUCCAGUCCUCCCCUUGUUUGGUGUUUGGGGGGUUGGGGAGGGUUUUUUUGUUUGUUUUCUUAGGCGGGAACUGCAAACAGACUCUUUUCUGAGACUAUUUAUCCAAUGCACUGGUCUGUGAGUUUUUGAAAUGCUUGCACAGCAUGGUCUCAGUUGUAUAGGUUAAUUUAACAACUUUUUGAAAUUGCAGAGGUUAACUCGCCUCGUAGAUUUGCACCAACGGAACCGAAGAACUUCAUAGACAUUCACAAGGUUAUAUCCAUUUCUUUGUAUCUAUAUCAACGUAUACUUCUCCAAGACUGUAUACGUCCAUAUAGAUAGGUAGAUAUAUAUAUAUAUAUAAAUAUAUAUACAUGGAUAUAUAAAGUUUCUUUGCCGGCAUGUUGCCUUGUUUCCGCUUAAAUUGCUCUAUUUUAACUUAUUUAUGUCCUAAAAGAAGAAUGUAAUUUGUUUACAAACCUGUAGAUAACAUCUUUGGCUAUUUGCACGGUUUAAGAACACUGGUGGCUGAGAUGCUAUCAAAACACCUCAGCCCAACAGACACUUCCCUGGAUUGCAUCCUCGAUGUUUUACGAUAGCCAUGUUCUGAUUUUUGCCUGCUAUUUCCGUUCAAUAAUGUCACUACCGCGAGAGGCUCAGGCAGAAGCCGAAUGCUACCGAGUACCCGUCCUGAGGGUUGAAGACCACGCUCCGUAGACAAAGGGAGAGGAAGAGAGAAGGCUUCCUGGGUCUGUGGCACUGACGGCCGUCCUGGCCCCAGGACGGACAGGAGUCGCUAAGCAGUGGUUGAAGACUUUGCUUUGAAGACUUUUCUCUCAAUGAAACUCGCUUAAGUUUACUAAGAGCAUUUCAGAAAGAGGUUCUUUGGCACUGUCUGUACAGAGAUUGAGGUAGUGUUGCAAUAUUAUAAAUGCUAUUGUGUUGAUUUUUUUUUUUUUUAGUUAGUAAUUUAGAGGUUUAUUUCCUUAUAAAUUGCAGCGGAUGAGCUGUUGGCAUAUUGGAUGAGGAUCAUUAUGGCUUGCUGCUUUUAUUUUUUUUUUUAAAGAAUAGCCUUUUUCUCUGCACUAUUUAGAUCCGAACAAACCUUAUGAUCUGUAUAUUGAGAUGUAUUCAGUGUGAUUUUUAAACCAAAUUGUCUUCCUGUAGUCGCAAUAUAUACUGUAGCCUUUUAACAGCAAGUCUUGCUUUCCCAGACAGAAAGCCAUUCUGAAACCCUACAGUAUCACAGGUGAGAAAAGGUGGUUAUUUUCCCCCCAAGACAAUAACAGCACUAGUAAUCCCACUUAAUAAGAGCUUAUUUAAUUGUAUGUCAGCCUCUUAACUGCUAAGCACUUUGUGGGUAUCAGCUUUUUUCAUAAAAGAACUUUUGUAUUUAAUACAAAGUUUGCUUUGAGACUUUUCAGCAUACGAUCUUUUUCCAUAAACUUGUACAGUGCAAAAGACAUUUUGAAUACCAUGAUCGAUGACGUCCCGUGCUUCAAGGAAAACCAAACACUUUUCCGCCUCGCUUGCGAACUUCAUUCCUCAUAUGACCCUCCCCACGGUUGCUCUGUGUCAGCCCAGCCCCUUCCCUUCUCCAGGCCCAGAGAAUUCUUCCACAAACAAGAUGAGAGCCACUCGGGAAAAGAGCCAUAGUCAGCCAGGAGGGCCUGUGUCUGGAUGGCUGUGGAGAAACCUGAGGGUUUGGGAUCCUGAGCCAGCCCAUUCACCUGGCAAAACCUGCGUGGAAGGAGGACCUUCUCUGUGAGCGAGCAUCACCUUGAUGUUGUGAAGAAACAUCUCUGAAUGUACCCAGCAGAGGAAACUGCAUCCCCAAAGGGGUGACCAGCCCUCAGAUACGCAGAUUGGAUUCCAGUACGACCACCGCCAAAAGCCAGCCCACAGCUCUCCUGCCGAGAAAGGAAAGACCUGCACCCGUAAAACAUGGGGCAGCCUUGGAACGUGGUGUUUUUUGUCGUUUCCUUUGUCAAGGUUUUCCACCCGCUUCUUUGUUCCAAUCUUGUGUCCAUGACCUUAUUCCAUGACACCAGGGAAGCUGCGCUUGCACACCAUGCUCCCUGUUCCUUUGGAGCCAGCGCGCGAGGAAGACAGGAGGGGCUUCUCUGAGUGGAGCCUAGCUUGAGGAGCAGGGAGCGACGGCGCUACCAAGAGUGCCCGACAUUGCUGUUGGUUUUCUCUGGUCAGGAAUGAUGGCUGUUCACCCACGCACCCUCACUCUCACACUUGCACACACAUCCACACACACAGGAAAUGAUUGGUUUGUCAAAACUCACUGUAGUACAUAAAGCUUGCACUCUGCGUCCUAUAUCUAGCAGCAUGGGGUACGUUUGGCAGUUCACCCCAUUAGGGGGUAAAUAAUUUAUGACCAUUCAUCUGUUUUUAUGAAUUUUUUUAUCUAGACAAUAAUUGUAAAUAAAGAACUCACCGUCUCUGUUCA